UGAAACGGAUACGACGAACGAGGGGGUGUUGCGUUGCAUUAUGGGAGUUGUAGUUGCUGUGAGCCUGAGAAGUGUUUGGAUUCUAGACAAACGCUUUCGGCUGUAGAACUACAAGAACCAGGGGCAAGCAGUAGGCGUCCGUUUGCAGUGCACAGUUCGAUUUGUUUUGGUUUAUGCAGACUGCGCUUUGUCACGGGGGAACCGAAGUCCGCCGCAAUACUUUUACCUGGCCUUUGCACCUCCGACUCACUGACAAACCCCGGAACAACUCCUCCUCCGAGGUCUGCGUUUCGCCACCCCCUUUUCAGGGCCGCUGCCUGACUCGUCGCUCUGUUAUCGGACCCCAGAAGCUGGCCUGCUAGUUAGCAAACAAGCUAACGGUUGCCUGAAUUCACCCAUGUCCUCUGAAGAAGGGUUGAGCUCAUCGAUCACGGAUUGGUUUUUCAUCAAUUCCUGGUGGCUCCUUCUGCCAUUCAUAAUGCUUCUUGUAGUUGCUGCCUUCAUUGUGGCUUUUGUGUUGCUGUUAUACAUGAUAUCGCCUCUCAUUAGUCCCAAACCUUUGAAACUGAACGGGGCCCACGUCGUGGUGACAGGAGGCUCAAGUGGGAUUGGGAAAUGCAUUGCCGUCGAGUGCUACAGGCAAGGUGCAUUCAUCACUUUGGUGGCACGAGAUGAGGUUAAGUUGGUUCAAGCUAAGAAAGAGGUGGAGAAAUUUGCCAUCAAUGACAAGCAGGUGGUGCUCUGCAUAUCAGUGGAUGUUUCCAGUGAUUAUAGCCAGGUGGAAAGUGUGAUAAAACAGGCCCAAGAGAAGCUGGGACCCGUUGAUAUGUUGGUGAACUGUGCUGGAACGUCUAUUUCGGGAAAGUUUGAGGACGUGGAAGUAGACCGUUUCAAAAAACUGAUGGAGGUGAACUACCUGGGUAGUGUUUAUCCGACACGGGCUGUCAUAACCACGAUGAAGGAGCGAAGAAUGGGCCGCAUCAUGUUCGUGUCCUCCCAAGCGGGUCAAAUCGGCCUGUUUGGAUACACCGCCUACUCCCCAUCCAAGUUUGCCCUGCGUGGUUUAGCAGAGUCCCUGCAGAUGGAGAUAAAGCCAUACAAUAUCUAUGUGACUGUGGCCUACCCCCCUGACACUGACACUCCAGGAUUGGCUGAGGAAAAUAAGACGAAGCCUCUUGAGACCAAAUUAAUUGCUGAAACCUCUGGAGUUUGCCAACCAGACCAAGUGGCCAAAAUCAUUGUUCGGGAUGCAGUGCAGGGGAACUUCAACAGCUCUGUUGGACCUGAUGGUUACAUGCUGUCAGCCCUCACCUGUGGAAUGUCACCAGUCACCUCCAUCACAGAAGGUCUCCAGCAGAUUGUUACCAUGGGAUUGUUUCGCACCAUCGCCCUCUUCUACUUGGGGAGUUUUGACAGCAUUGUGCGCCGCUGCAUGAUUCAGAGGGAGCAGUCGAAAGCAGCUGAUAAGAGGGAGUAACAGCAGCCUUACCUUCUUCACAGUCCCACCUUCUCCUCCCCCACCCCCCACACCCCCACACCCCCCUCCUGCAGCCUGUACUAGUGCACAACCGUAGGUGGGGAUAAAGGCCGAGCUUUGGGUGCAUUUCUGAUAUCAACUUAACAGAUGGGAUGAAAGAAAACGGUAGCUGUUUACUCAUUGCUUGUCCAGUUAUGUAACACCUCCAUAGACUUCACACUUGUUUGUAUUUUAUUCCGUUCAAAGCAUUUCAGUGACAUUCUCAGUUAAAUGUGUGUCCACCUGCUUCGUUUUGUGGGAGCGGCCUUACUUUAAGGGAAUGAGGGCAGACUAAACAUCCCACAGCUUGGUUUUAAAGUAGGUAUCAGGCCUCCCUGGCUCCUUGCACAGUGCUGUUCUUUUUAUCUUUUUUUUCUCAUCGAGAGGAAAAGCAGCAGAUAGCUUGUCUGACCGGUUGUGCCAAAUACGGCUUGAUGUUCCUUCACACCAGGGGCUAUAGUGAAAACCAGAAGGGUAACGCUCUGUUUCAUUUAUCUCAAAACUAGGUCCACCUUGUAGGUAUUUAACAUAUUUCACUAAAUAAUUCCCUCCUUCUCUGCCUUUUCAUACCACAAGUCUUUGCAGGCAAAGCACCUUCCUGUUUGACUGAGUAACCUCUGUGUGUGAAACCAGUUGUGACCCACGGCGAUAUGUUUAUGCUGUGGGAUGUUUUGUUUUUUUGUGCUCUGUGUGUGAACCAAGCCAGGAUGUGAUAUCGGUGAGAGAGAGAGCGAGCAUGUGUGAUGUAUUUGAUUGUUUGUUCAAUUUUACUAAUGCAAAAAUGAUUCCAGAAGAUAAUAAUAUUCAAAAAAAUGUUAGAGGCACUGUUGAAGCAAAGGUUUUUGUGUAAACUCUGUGCAAUGAAUGUUGUUUUCGUGCGUGUGUUUGCUGUGACUGAGCCAACCCCCUGGGGAGAGAAAAGCCAUUAGAUUAUAUUGUCUCGGGAAGAAAAACACCAAAUUAUUUCUCACAAUCCCAUCACGUUGCAUCGAGAGCAGGAAAAAAAGAAGCAGGUACUAUGAGUUGAAGCCAUGGAGUCAGAGCAUUGUGAGGGAAGAAAAAGACAAGCACAGGAAAUUUCACUUCUCACCUGUGAAUUUGACUACGUCGAACACAUGCGAAAGAAAGCAUUUUAAUUUUUACAUGCAGUUCUGUGUGUUAGUGCACAUACUCAGCCACCCUGGUCAUGAUCCAAGUGGGAUCCAUAAUCUGUUCAGGUGGUGUGCGUCGGGGCAGGGCAAGACUUGCUGGUUCGAGUCAUGUCCCUGUUGGUCUAGUGAGGGCGCUAGAGAUUUGUUUAACAUAAAGGCCAAAAUAGUAGAGGGGCAAGCAAUAUGGAAGUGUGAUCCUUGCCCCUCUGCUGUCACGCUGACUUUGUAGCUCCCUUAAUAUUGAUUCCCUCCCGAUUUCUGUCAAGCCUUGAAUAUCUUGUAUUCACCAUGUUUUUUUGUUGUUUUUUUUCCUAUAUGUUUUGCGUAUAGAGGGAGGAAAAUUACAGUGUUGACUCUUGCAAGUCUUCCUUUGGUCCAUCACAAACGGGGAGAAUGUACUUUCAUACCAAGCGUACAAAUCAGAACCUGAGAAUAUUAUUUUUUAAAUGCACCAAUAUUUGAAUGCCAAAACGUGUUAAGACAAUUUGUGUAGAUGCAAUGCAUUUAUCUGAGAUUUAUUUUGAUGUUGCUGCUCUGUUGAUCCUAGAGUUAGUUUCGUUGAAGCUGUGGAGCAGCGUGGGGACCCAUUCUGAGCCUUAAGACGUGACUACUGAUGAAGCUAAUGCUAUAAGAAUGGACCUUUCCACAGAGCAAUGUGGCUUAACCCACAUGUUUGUUUACCGGUUCGUUUCACUUAAAUCUUUAAUACUUUUCAGUGUAAAAUGCCAGCUGUCUUUUUUGUUGUAUUUUGUCGAUUUCCAGUCUUUGUAUGACAAAAGAAGCCUUACUGAAACCCAAGAUAUGAAAGUGAGAAUGGAUGACUCAUGUUGGAUGAUGUUCUCAUUUGAUAUUGGUUAAAGGCAUACUGUCCUGCACUCAGAAGCUUUUCAUUAUUGUACAUUUAUUGCCAUUUAAAAGUUCAGUUUUACUUUGAGGUAGCGACACGUAGUUGAUAGAACAUGUAGCCCAUAUAAAAAGCAGUUCAGUUCAGACAUUUUGUUUUCACCUUUUAAGCUAUGCAAAUGAAGCCUAUGCUUACCGUAUGUUUGAGCAUACAGUCGAGAUGUUCUGUAACAGUCACGCUAGUUUCCCUCCCCUACAUUUGAAUGGUGUCAUCAUCAGAUACUUAAUGAGGUUUUUAAGUAUUCAACAUGAACGUCAUAAUGCACUCUUUUGUUUCAUUCUUCUUUCUUGCGUUUCUAUUUUUGUUUUUUCUGC